AUGCCAGACGCUUCACUCUUUAACGGAACUUCGUUUAUAACGUUAUUUGCGCCCAACAUCUCCUUAUUCCAGGCCUCCAUUGAUUUCUACACAGAUCGCUUGGGGUUUGCUAUUAAGGAGACCUCAAAUCAGAAGUUAGUUUGGUUACAGCUUGAAGAAGAUUCAAAUAAUGUUUCAAUUCAAUUGCUUCUAGAUCCAGAACAUGCUGCUUCCGUGUCUCAGAUUGAUCAGAAUAUUCGCAAUUUGACCAGAUCGUUAUACCGGAAAGACUGGAGAUCAAUUCAGUCUAAUAUUGCGUUCAAGAGCUCUUCACUAAGUAAGCUCGUCAAGUUGCUGAAGGAUGGAGGCCAUCCUGUACAGCAAAGUCCUAAUGAGAUUUCACCUUUUGAAGUUUACACGUUAGAUCCCCUAGGCUCAUUGAUAGGUUUCAGCGGAUUCAAGAAUCCAUUUGCUGUCAACGAACGUUCUUUGCUUCCAAAGGUUUCCGAAGAGAAAGCUUACCGUACUGAAGAUGACUCAGAAAAGCUUUUCACUCCCAUCCGUAAAACCAUCGGAGUUAUGACAUCCGGAGGUGACUCUCCAGGGAUGAACCCUUUCGUUAGAGCGGUGGUUCGGGCAGGAAUCUACAAGGGUUGCAAAGUAUUUUGUAUUCACGAAGGAUAUGAGGGACUUGUACGUGGGGGUGAAAAAUACAUCAAGGAGACGCAAUGGCACGACGUUCGUGGAUGGCUUGUAGAAGGCGGAACCAAUAUAGGAACUGCUAGGUGCAAAGAAUUCAGAGAACGCUCUGGCCGACUUAAAGCUUGCAAGAAUAUGAUUGAUAUGGGUAUUGAUGCGCUAAUCGUUUGUGGGGGUGAUGGUUCGCUAACAGGUGCGGACCGAUUUCGUUCAGAAUGGCCAAGUUUGAUUGAAGAGUUAUUGCAAACUGAACGAAUCUCCCAGCAACAGUUUGAAACUUAUCAAAAUUUGAAUAUAUGCGGAGCCGUCGGCUCUAUCGACAAUGAUAUGUCAUCAACAGAUGCCACGAUCGGAGCCUUCUCCUCUUUGGAUAGAAUCUGCCGGGCUAUUGACUACAUUGAUGCUACCGCCAAUUCUCAUUCUCGAGCCUUCAUCGUUGAAGUCAUGGGCCGCCAUUGUGGUUGGUUAGGUCUUUUGGCUGGUCUAGCGACAAGUGCAGACUACAUCUUGAUCCCAGAGAAACCUGCAUCUUCAAGAGAGUGGCAAGAUCAAAUGUGUGACAUAGUCAGCAAACAUAGGGCAAGGGGAAAACGAAAGACCAUUGUUAUUGUUGCUGAAGGUGCUAUCAGCAAUGAUUUGAGUCCAAUUUCCUGCGAUCAAGUCAAGGACGUUCUGGUCAAUAGAUUAGGGCUUGAUACCAGAGUUACCACUCUUGGUCACGUACAAAGGGGCGGUACUGCGGUUGCUUUUGACAGAAUAUACGCUACUUUGCAAGGGGUCGAAGCCGUUAAUGCUGUUUUGGAAUGCAAUGCGGACACGCCGUCACCCAUGAUUGCUAUUAAGGAAGAUCAAAUUACGAGAGUUCCUCUUGUUGACGCUGUGGAGCUUACACAGCAAGUUGCAAAGUCCAUCGAAUCUCGUAACUUUAAGAGGGCUAUUUCAUUGCGAGAUUCUGAGUUUGUCGAACACAUGAAGAACUUUAUCUCAACUAACUCCGCGGAUCAUGUUCCUCCUUCUUUACCUCUAGAAAAGCGAAAGAAAGUUGCAAUCAUAAACGUUGGAGCUCCAGCGGGAGGAAUGAACAGUGCGGUUUACAGUAUGGCCACCUAUUGCAUGUCCAGAGGGCAUGUUCCAUAUGCUAUCCACAACGGGUUCAGUGGUUUGGCUCGUCAUGAAUCUGUUAGAUCUAUAAACUGGUUGGACAUUGAAGGUUGGGGUUCUCUAGGUGGCUCAGAGAUAGGAACCAACAGAACUCUUCCAAAUGAUGCCGAUAUUGGGAUGAUUGCCUACUUCUUUGAAAAGUAUGGUUUUGAUGGCCUGAUUCUUGUUGGUGGAUUUGAAGCUUUUAUCUCACUUCAUCAAUUGGAAAGGGCCCGAAUCAAUUAUCCGUCUCUAAGAAUACCCUUGGUUCUUAUUCCUGCUACCAUUUCUAACAAUGUGCCUGGAACCGAAUAUUCCUUGGGUUCAGAUACGUGUCUUAACUCUUUUAUGGAAUACUGUGAUGUAAUCAAGCAAUCUGCAGCUGCAACUAGAAACAGAGUGUUUGUUGUUGAGGUCCAGGGUGGAAAUUCAGGAUACAUUGCAACCCAUGCGCAACUCGCUUGUGGUGCUCAGAUUUCUUACGUCCCUGAGGAAGGUAUUUCGCUGGCUCAGCUUGAAAUGGAUAUCAAUUCUUUGAAAGAGUCCUUUGCCAAUGACCAAGGAAAGACAAAAUUCAGGCAGACUGAUUUUGAAGUCGGAGAAUGCAUCGAAGCUAUUCCGGGGCAUGUUCAGCAGGGUGGUAUUCCUUCUCCGAUGGAUCGUGUGAGGGCCUCUAGAUUUGCAAUUCGUGCUGUCUCUUUUAUUGAGAAGCACUCUGAUAAAUGUCAAGCUUUCAAAAAUUCGAUUAGUUUCCGACAAACAGAUGAGAUCACUUCCACGGCUGUUGUCCUUGGUAUUCACAAGUCCCAACUGAGAUUCACUCCAAUUCGACAAUUAUACGAUUUUGAGUCUGAUGUACCAAGGCGUAUGAGAAAAAAUAUUUUUUGGAGUAACGUACGAGAAAUCAGUGAUAUGUUAAGUGGAAGAACCUCGUUAUAG